UGCGCGUCUCGCCCCUUCAAAUUUUACAUCGAAAAUACGCAACGAAAUUUUUCAUAGAUGAUAAAAAUAAAAUUGUGUUUUGUUUUGUGAUACGUGCUUAUUUUAGUGAUGUGUGUGGAAAAUGUGAUGCGGAUUGUGUUUUUGAUUAGCGUUGUUGUCGGAAAAGUGAGAAAUGGAGGUACAGAGCGAACUACGGAAAAAGAAACGAGACCUGAGUAUAUACAUCCAGACGGUCUCCUGAACUUCGAUCCAUACUUAUCCGACUUCAAACAUGUACCCGAGGAAGAGGACUACAUACCGUUACCAGAAAACGAUGAAACUAUAGACGGACUACCAAUAUUCCUAAUGGAGCCAAAGAACUCCUAUGUUCUACGUACUAAACCAGCUACUCUUCUAUGCAGAGCUGCUAACGCUUUACAGGUGUUUUUCAAGUGUAACGACAUUAGGACUGAAAAAACAAUACAGUUUGAUCACGUGGACCCUCAAAACGGGGUGAGAGUCGUAGAAGCUGAACUAAAUGUGACAAGGCAUGAGUUAGACGAAUAUUUCGGUGGGAAAUACAGUUGUGACUGCUAUGCGUGGAACAGCAAGGGCAAGAUACGGAGUCAAGGAGUUUUCAUUGAAUUUGCUUAUAUCAAGAAGCAAUUUGUUCAACAGCCUCAGUCCGCGACAGUGGAGGCGGGUAGACAGGUGACGUUCCACUGCAGUCCACCACCCGCUGCUCCCCCUGCUACCAUCAAGUGGGUUCGCAAUGGCGUCACCAUUGAAGCCACAGACGAAACCCUUGUACUGCCCAGGGUUGGUUUACAGGAUAUGGCGAAUUACACAUGCAUGGCUGAAAACAUUGCCGGGCGGCGGGAGUCCGAUACAGCUGUGUUGUCAGUUUAUGUGAACGGUGGCUGGUCGGAGUGGUCCCCCUGGCUAGCCUGCAGGUGCGGAGCGCAGACCAGCGGUAGACGGAGAACCAGGACUUGCAGUGAGCCAGCGCCUGCCAAUGGUGGAGUGCCGUGCCGCGGACAAGCAUCUCAGAGCGACGAAGACUGUCUCAGCUGUCAGAAUGGUUCGUGGUCACCCUGGGGCGCGUGGUCUACCUGCAGCGAGGACUGCGUGAGAGUGCGCCGAAGACAAUGCGUUGGCACUUGCGCUGGUUCAACCGUGCAGCACGCUGCUUGCGUUGACGGCCUUUGUUCAGCAGGACUCAGAAUCUACAAGAACAACCUAACAUUGUAUGUGGGUAUCGGCAUCACGGUAGCAAUGCUGGCCGCUGGGGCUGCCAUCCUCUACGUUUGGUGCAAGUACAGAAGUGUCAGGCCUGGAUACACUGCUGCUAGGACAGGUAUUCCAAAGACCUAUUCGAGUCGGGAUAAGAGCAGUGCAGCUCCAGAUCUCACGAGAGCCUGCAACGAGUACUGGAUGAGGCCAGACAAUCAUUACGACAUGCCGCAAUUAAGAGACAGCUAUGCGUCUCCAUUUGGCAACAGGAGUAGACAGCAGUCCUCAACUGGCAGCAACCACUAUGAAAUGAAGCCCUAUAGUCCAUCCGGGGACUCAGCCUCAAGUUGUUAUACUAACUCCAGAACAAUGACGUCACGGUCUAGCGAGUGCUCGUCGUCGCAGCUAGCAGAGUUAGUGACGUCAUCGCCCACCUCACACUCGAAAGUCGAUGUGGCGGUGACUCUGCCUCCGGGACCUAUGGAUAUGAGCUAUAGAGAUAAAAUCUGUUUAACCAUAGUAAAAUAAAAUUUGAAAGAGGACGUUCGAAAUUUGAAAAACUUAGUCACUGUUGAAAUAUCAAUGUUAUUAGAGAUGCAACGGUUAUUCGGCUAAUAUCUGGUAGUUAAAGCCAGCAAUUGUAGAGCUGCGACAGAUAUCCGGCUACUGUCCAUAUCCAGCCUAUCUUACGUAUUUAACAUUUCAAUU